AUGGAAAAUCCGGGGGCUAGUUCUGUCGUAGUUGUUCGUGCUAAGCCUGAAGGGCAAAGAAAAACAUUUAAACCAAAUGUUAGGUCUGUAAAUAAGAUACCAGAUGAGUUGUUGAAUGAUCCUAUAAUCAACCGAGCAUGUGAAGCAUUACCUCAAAACUACAACUUCGAAAUUCACAAGACAAUAUGGAGAAUUCGUUCUUUGGGUUCAAAAAGGGUUGCUCUUCAGUUACCAGAAGGCUUGACUAUGUUUGCAACAACUCUAUGUGAUAUUAUAGAGACAUUUACUGAUGCAGAUACUGUCAUUAUGGGGGAUGUAACAUAUGGAGCUUGCUGUAUAGAUGAUUUUACUGCUGUUGCUCUUGGGGUGGACUUACUGGUACACUAUGGACAUUCAUGUCUUAUCCCCAUAGACCAAACUAGCAGUAUAAAAGUACUUUACAUAUUUGUAGACAUCAAAAUUGAUCCAUCUCAUUUCUUAGAGACUAUUAAGUUAAAUUUCCCCAAAAAGACCCAUUUAGCAAUAGUUAGUACAAUUCAAUUUGUCACAACCCUACAUUCUGUUGCAAAGAAUUUAAGAGAUGAUGAUUUCACUGUAACAAUUCCACAAAGUAAGCCACUGUCACCAGGAGAAAUUUUGGGAUGUACCGCUCCUAAACUAAAUGCAGAUUGCAUUGUAUAUUUGGGUGAUGGAAGAUUUCAUUUAGAAGCUAUAAUGAUUGCUAACCCCAACAUCCCUGCAUAUAAAUAUGAUCCAUAUGAAAAAAAGUUUACUUCGGAGCUAUAUGACCAUGAUAUAAUGAAAAUUAAUAGGAACAAUCAAAUAGAAGUUGCUUCUAAUGCAAAUUAUUUUGGACUUAUUCUUGGGACAUUGGGUAGGCAAGGGAGCACAAAAGUGCUUGCAAAUCUGGAGAAACAAAUUACAAAUUGUAAUAGAAAAUAUGUUAAAAUAUUGUUAUCAGAAAUAUUUCCAAACAAAUUAGAUCUAUUUAGUAUAGAUGCAUUUGUCCAAGUAAUGCUAAAUGGCUUAAAGAUGAUGGAACAUACCCCAUGGAUUUUUAUUCAGUGGAUAGUGUAG